AAUAUUUAUUCUGGAAUAUAAAAAAAAUUGGCAUAGACAACAUGCGUGUAAGCUUUUUCAAGCUUCACGAAAACAACGGAUUAGUAUGUAUGGUAGUGCGUUAGACUGAUUGCGCCGCAAAUUAUUUUCUCGGUGAUACGUAUGGUGAGGAAUGAAUGUGAAAAAAUUGUCAGAGUUUUGAUUUUCAAUAAAGGGAACAAAUUUUCAAUAAGUUGAAACAAACAGAAUGGCAACUUUAGAGCAACAAGCUUCUAAACUUUUGGAUUUCAACCAAAAAUUAGACAUAACUCUGCUUGAUAAUAUUGUUGGAUGUCUAUACUCUACUGUUGGAGAACAACAACGAACAGCACAGGAGAUACUGACAGCACUCAAGGAACAUCCUGAUGCUUGGACUCGUGUUGACACAAUAUUGGAGUAUUCCCAAAAUCAAGAAACAAAAUACUAUGCCUUACAAAUAUUAGAACAAGUGAUACAAACAAGAUGGAAAAUACUGCCAAGAACCCAAUGCGAAGGUAUAAAGAAAUAUAUUGUUGGUCUUAUUAUUAAAAACUCAUCAGAUCCAGUGACAAUGGAUAACAACAAAGUGUAUUUGAAAAAGCUGAACAUGAUCUUGAUUCAAGUAUUGAAACGAGAAUGGCCUCAUAACUGGGAGAGUUUUAUUAGUGAUAUUGUGGGUGCAUCUAAGACAAAUGAAUGUCUCUGUCAAAACAACAUGGUUAUUUUAAAGCUGCUUAGUGAGGAAGUGUUUGUAUUUAGUACUGGGCAACUCACUCAAACAAAAGCUAAACACUUAAAAGACACCAUGUGUUCAGAGUUCAGUCAAAUUUUCCAACUUUGUCAAUUUGUUCUUGAAAAUUCACAAAAUGCACCAUUGGUUGAUGCCACUCUUCAUACUUUGUUAAGAUUUUUAAACUGGAUUCCUCUUGGAUAUAUAUUUGAAAUGAAAUUGAUAAGCACACUUGUGUUUAAGUUUUUGAAUGUACCAAUGUUCCGUAAUGUUACAUUAAGUUGCCUGACAGAGAUUGCUGGUGUGACUGUUAGCAACUAUGAGGAGCAGUUUGUUGCUUUACUGGUGCAGACUAUGGAGCAAUUAGAAGCUAUGCUGCCUCUCACUACCAACAUACGUGAAGCGUAUGCUGCUGGUCGAGACCAAGAACAAGUGUUUAUACAAAAUCUUGCUCUUUUUCUCUGCACUUACCUUAAAGAACAUGGGCAACUUAUUGAGAGACGGGGACUUACCAACACUUUGAUGAAUGCUCUCAGGUAUCUUGUUUUGAUAUCAGAAGUAGAGGAAGUUGAGAUUUUUAAGAUUUGCUUGGAGUUUUGGAAUGCAUUGGCUGCUGAUUUGUACAAGAUUGCACCAUGCUCACAUACAUCCAACAUGUACAGUUUAGGGAAAAGUGUAGGCAGGAAAGCAUUGUAUUCUGAUGUCCUAAGCAGUGUUCGCUACAUUAUGAUCUCCAGAAUGGCCAAACCAGAAGAAGUAUUAGUGGUGGAGAAUGAAAAUGGUGAAGUUGUGCGAGAGUUUAUGAAGGACACUGAUUCUAUUAAUUUAUAUAAGAAUAUGAGAGAAACAUUAGUGUAUUUGACACAUCUAGACUAUCAAGACACUGAGCGCAUUAUGACGGAAAAACUGCAGAAUCAAGUUAAUGGUACGGAAUGGUCAUGGAAAAAUCUAAAUACAUUAUGUUGGGCUAUUGGCUCAAUUUCUGGAGCAACAAUGGAAGAAGAUGAAAAGAGAUUUCUUGUUGUUGUAAUAAAAGAGCUGUUGGGCCUGUGUGAACAGAAAAAGGGCAAAGAUAACAAAGCCAUUAUUGCUAGUAAUAUAAUGUAUGUGGUGGGCCAAUACCCCAGAUUUCUAAGAGCACAUUGGAAGUUUUUGAAAACUGUUGUGAAUAAACUUUUUGAAUUCAUGCAUGAGACUCACGACGGUGUCCAGGAUAUGGCAUGUGACACAUUUAUAAAGAUUGCUAUCAAGUGCCGGCGUCAUUUUGUCACCACUCAAGUUGGCGAGGCUUGUCCAUUUAUUGAGGAAAUCUUAAGCACAAUCAGUUCUAUUAUCUGUGAUUUACAAACACUUCAAGUGCAUACUUUCUAUGAAGCUGUAGGAUAUAUGAUAAAUGCACAAGUGGAUCAAGUAGCUCAAGAACAGCUCAUUGAAAAGUACAUGCUACUGCCCAACCAGGUCUGGGACGAUAUUAUAUCUCAAGCCUCGCACAACGUGGAUAUUCUUAAGGACCCAGAAGCUGUUAAACAGCUUGUGAGUAUUCUUAAAACUAAUGUUCGAGCUUGCCGUGCCCUUGGACAUCCAUAUGUUGUACAGCUGGGUAGAAUAUAUUUGGACAUGCUCAAUGUUUACAAAGUUAUGUCAGAAAACAUUAGCCAAGCUAUAGCCUUGAAUGGCGUAGUCGUAACUAAGCAACCUUUAAUAAAAAAUAUGCGAAUUAUAAAGAAGGAGACCCUUAAGUUGAUCGCCAAUUGGGUUUCGCGCUCUACAGAUAAUAGUAUGGUUCUGGAAAAUUUCAUUCCACCACUUUUAGAUGCAGUUCUCUUGGACUAUCAAAGAACAGCAGUACCAGAUGCACGAGAGCCUGAAGUUUUAUCAUGUAUGGCUGCUAUUGUUUAUAAACUUGGUGGUCACAUAACCUCAGAGGUACCCAAGAUAUUCGAUGCAGUUUUUGAAUGUACCCUAGAAAUGAUAAACAAAGACUUUGAAGAGUAUCCUGAACACAGGACUGAAUUUUUCUUGUUAUUACAAGCAGUAAAUACACAUUGUUUUAAAGCAUUCCUAAGUAUACCUCCAGCACAAUUUAAAUUGGUACUGGAUUCCAUUAUCUGGGCAUUUAAGCAUACAAUGAGGAAUGUUGCAGACACUGGUCUUCAGAUUCUAUACAAAUUGCUACACAAUGUAGAGUUGCACCCACAGGCGGCUCAGAGCUUCUACCAGACUUAUCUGUGUGAUAUAUUGGAGCAUAUAUUCAGUGUGGUCACUGACACGUCUCAUGGCGCCGGCCUCACUAUGCAUGCUACUAUAUUAGCACAUAUAUUCUCUUUGGUGGAGUCUGGCAGAGUAACUGUGCCACUUGGGCCCACACCAGAUAAUGUUCUCUACAUCCAGGAAUAUGUAGCUAAUCUACUAAAGCGAGCGUUCCCUCAUUUGACUGACAAUCAAAUAAAAAUAACUGUUCAAGGAUUAUUCAAUUUGAAUCAAGCUAUACCUGCAUUCAAGGAUCACCUAAGAGACUUCUUAGUUCAAAUAAGGGAGUACACAGGUGAAGAUGACAGUGAUUUAUAUUUGGAGGAACGUUUACUUGCCCUUCGUCAAGCACAAGAUGAAAAACGAAGAGUUCAGUUAUCGGUGCCAGGCAUUCUCAACCCUCACGAGUUGCCUGAGGAAAUGCAAGAUUAAUUGUAGUAAAAAAGCUUAGAAAUGGUGGCAGUUCACAAUUUAGUAUGGAUAAAGUCUAUAUUUGUAUUUGAAUGUUGAGGGUUAUUAGAUUCUCAUCACAAUGGUUUCAAUCAAUGCUAGACAACUAGAGUUAUACAAUCGUGAAAUUGUAUAAUAUAUUUUUUGUUAUAAUUUCACUGUCUUUCUAAAUACUCUCACAGUUUUCAUUAAAGUCUUUUUAAGCGUAAUUAAUUUAGUAGAAUUUCUUUAGAAGUCAAGUUUCUGUCUUGGCUACGACAAACACAAACUUGUCGUAAUGUAACACUUAUAGGUUAAAUAGGUACUUAAUUUUUAAGUUUUACCUUCGCGACGAAAUCUUGGUUAUCCAAAACUUUUUCAUUUAUAAAAUAUCAACAUUUUUUAUUCCGAUAGUUGUUUUGCUAGUUUUCAUAAUACAUAUUUGAAUCCUAAAUGUGAACUAUACAAGUUUGUUAAGCUAGCUAUAUUUUGUGGACUGUUGCCAUUUAUACUGGUCUAAAUCAUGUGCACGUAAAAAAUAUCUUAUUAUGACAGUUUGUACAGAGGACCGCGUGGAACAAUGCGAGGUGAUGAAUGCAAGUGAAAAGGAAAACCACCUUUUCUAUGAAGAUAUUUUUUGCAAGUACAAGGUUGACGUGGGCCUUUUAUAAUUAUAGGCAGGAAAUCAUGCAUCCAUUUACAUUGCUAGUGAGGAAUUAGGAUAUUUCUAUGUUUUUAAGUAAUCUUCAAAAUGUAGGUAAUGAAAUCUCUGUGAUGGAAACCAGUGUCGGAAUUUCAACAUUUGCACUGCAGAAUCUGAGUAUUACUGAGUAGAUUCUAGGAGAACUUUAUAAAGUGACUUGCUGUUAGUAAUAUUUUUAUGUUUUGUUUAAUGUUGUCGAAACUAAUUUCGUAAUGGUUUGGGAAUCUAAACAUACAAGGUAAGGUUUCCGAAUGCAUUUUGGGUCCGAUUAACUGUCAGUCUUUCAAUUUUGUGUUUUAAAUAAACCAUUAAAUAUGA